UUCAAUUCGAUGAACAUUUUUUUACCUUGAUGAACAAAAUUUGUAUUCAAGAACAUUUUUUGAAAAAAAAAAUGGAUGAAUAAAUUUUGAAUUUGAUGAACAAAAAGUUGCAAUUUUAUGAACAAAUGGAAGAGCCAGGCAUUUUGAGGGAAGGAUGUACUGAAGAAUUCAGGGAUUGGAUGUUAACAUUGUUAAUGUGAGGAGGAGGAAGCCGCAGCGAAGAGUGAAGGAUUAUCAAGGCACUACCUGGAUGGCUCGGCGUUGAAACAAUGCAGUGAAGGAUUUGCUGAUCAAAACUGCGGCACUGAAGAAUCAGAUCAAGGGGUUUCUGGUAAGGUUGAUUCAACACUUGUGGAUCAGCAAAAUGAACUUCCUGUGGAGGACCCAGCAGGUGGCUCUGCCAUUGCAGAGGAGACUGAAGCUGUGCCACUAGAAGUCGAAGGCAAGCCCAUGGAAAAUUCUCUGAAUGAUGCACUUGGAGAGGUGCCUGAAGCCGUACCAGUGGAAACCGAAGGCACCGCCAUGGAAAAUACUCUGAAUGAUGCAAUUGGUGAGGAGCCCGAAGCCGUACCACUGGAAACGAGAGGCAAGACCAUGGAAGAUACACUGAACGAUUCAGGAUCGGUGAGUAACACUAGCCCUGAACCUGCCCUGCCUGGAGGUACAGGGGACGGACUAGCCGGUGAUAAUCCUGACUCCAAGUUGCCCUUGAAGAGCCAAGGUGACCUUCAAACGGAGGAACAUGACGAUGGAGGUAAACUGGGUGCUUCUGAAGCAACAGAGGGCAAUGACACCAUGCCUGCAGAGACUGUAUCAUGUGCAACAGGGGCAAAUUCUGCAGUACCUGUGCCAGAAGCGGGCAAGCCGGAAGACGGUUCUGAAGGAGCACCUCCAGAGGAAGAAUCAGCAGAAGCUACGGCCCCUGCGACGCACGAUAACUGUCCGAAGGGCGACGACGACGACAAGAACAAGGAGGGACUGAGCGACGAGGACCAGAAGCUGAAGGAGAUGCUGCAGAAGCUCCUCGUGUCCGGCAACGACCAGAUGGGGAUCAUCGCGGAGCUGAGCGACAAGGUGAAGUCGCUGGAGAGGAAGCUCGCGGUGCACAAGAGGAGGAGGCCCAAGGUGAGGGUGCAGCACAGGGCAGUCAGGGACACGACGGCCAACAACGUCCACUGAAGAAUGACCAUGAUUCAUGUCUCGAGUUCCAGGUUACGUCUAUGUAUGUAUGUAUGCAUGUAUGUAUGUAUGUAUGCAUGUAUGUAUGUAUGUAUGUAUGUAUGUAUGUAAAGGAAAAAGAUGAACAAUUGUU